GUCUUAUGUCUUCUCUCUCUCUUUUUUUUUUUUUUUCUCACAACCCAAUUAACAUUUGAACAUCAUUAUACAUUCACUAUUUCUAUCAUACGGAUCCAAAUGGAUAUAUUUGGCUGUUUUUGCUUGUGUAUGACUAGUUUUUGUUCAUUUGCCAUCACAAAGUUCUCUUGGUUUUGAAUUCUUUUAGAUUGUUCUUGGCAGGGAUGGCUGAAUGAUCUAAUUGAGUCUAAUGGUGGGAAGAAGUUUAGUAGUAGUAAAUCCUUGUUCUAUGAAGCUCCUCUUGGUUAUAGCAUUGAAGAUGUUCGGCCUUGCAGUGGAAUCAAGAAAUUCAGAUCUUCUGCUAACUCUAACAAUCAAGCCUCUUUGUGUAUCCUUACAAGAUUAUUAUCAAGACUUGUGGGACUACAAAAUUGCUUCUUUCAAUCCCUGUCAUCCUUAAGUUGGCUGGUAACCUUUCACUCUUUGUACGGUCUGUUCAUUACACUCGUGGGAGCUUCAUAUUUCCUAGGACUCAGCCGUUUCCACAUCGCAGUUUCUCUGAGGAAUCCUUGAUGGCUUCUUUGGCAAGCUUGGUUCUGGCAGCACAGCAUGUGUGAUGGGAAGUCCUGAUAGUUCAAAGAAAUGGCAUAUUUAUUCAGCUUCUGCAGAAAACAGGAGUAAAUCUGAUCCUGUUUACACGCUGGAAAUGUGUAUUGACUGGACUGGACAAAAAGAGGGGCAUCUGUCUUCUACAAAACACAUGCAAGUUCAGCAAAUGUGAUGACUGAAGAUUCUGGUAUCAGGAAGAUUCUUCUGCAGUCUGAGAUAUGUGCUUUUGAGUUUGAUCCUUGUGGUUACUCCAUGAAUUCAGUUGAAAGGGGUGCAAUUUCAACAAUCCAUGUUACACCAGAAGAUGGUUUCAGUUAUGCUAGUUUUGAGGCAGCAGGUUAUGAUUCUAAAAUGGCGAAUUUGGCCCAACUGGUUGAGAGGGUUUUGGCUUGCUUCAAGCCAGCUGAGUUAUCUAUAGCAUUAGGUGCUGACAAUGGACUUGAAUGCAGGAUCCCACUUGACUUGGAUGGAUACUUUUGCAAAGAAAGAAGCUUUGCAAUGGUUGGCAAUGAUGGUUUUGUCACUUUCCACCCCUUUCUUAGGGCUGCUGAAGUCUGUUUCUCCCAAGUCCAUCCUGAAAUGCUGCUGGAGUGACGAUGAGAAAGAGGAGAAAAUCCUACAGCAUGGGCAUGUUCCAUGCCUACUCAGUGCUCUUUAGGUUUGAACCCCAACAUUGCUGGGUUGAAUGAUACGACUCUGAACCAUGGAGAAAAAUGGAGCUUUCCUCUACUGCCGAAGUGAGCACUAGAGGAUAAGGUAGCUUACUCGAAAUUUAUGGUGUUAUUUAUUUACUUCACUCGAAAUGUUGCAGACUUGCAGUGUUAUUUUACAGUGUGUGUUUGUUAAACACUAUAUUUUGACUUCUGCUAGUGUUAUUUUGCAUGAAUAAAUGUUGUGGGGCUUU